ACCCUGGGGCCAGACCCGGAACCCGCUCCCUUGGUUCUGCUCGGAGUAGCCCCUCACCAUCCCCCCAGCGUGUGGUGUGGCCAGAGGCUUCCUGUGCAGUGGCUAUCACCCCUCUGACCCUUGACCUGGAACCUGCUAGCAGGGAAUGCUGGUCUCGGGUGACAAGCUGCCACCCUCUCUGAAUUGGUGGUGGAAAUGAAGACUCAGCAGGUCUGGAGCGCAGGCCUCCCUGGAGACCUGCAGGACGUGGCCGAGGGACACAGGCCUCAGCCUGGCCCGGGAGGCUCAGGGAAAGAUGGAGACCCUAAAGGACAAGACGCUGGCGGAGCUGGAGGAGAUGCAGAAUAACCCGGACACCAUUGACCGAAUGGCCCAGGAGUCCCCUGAGGUUCAGGACCUGCAGCUGGAACGGGAGAUGGCGCUGGCCACCAACCGGAGCCUGGCCGAGCAGAACCUUGAGUUCCAGGAGCCCCUGGAGAUCAGCCGUUCCAACCUCUCUGACAAGUACCAGGAGCUGCGCAGGCUGGUGCAGCGGUGCCAGGAGCAGAAGGCCAAGCUGGAGAAGUUUUCCUCGGCACUGCAGCCCGCGACCUUGUUAGACCUGCUGCAGAUUGAAGGCAUGAAGAUCGAAGAAGAGUCUGAGGCCAUGGCGGAGAAGUUCUUGGAGGGUGAGGUGCCCCUGGAGACAUUUCUGGAGGCCUUCUCCUCCAUGCGGAUGCUGUCCCACCUGCGUCGGGUCCGUGUGGAGAAGCUCCAGGAAGUGCUGAGGAGACCCAGGGCAAACCCAGAGCCACCAGCGGGCGGGCCUCCUCCCCGCCCGCCACCCCCACCAUGCCCAUCCCCCCAGCACACUCCCCCCCUACCCGUGGAGCAGCCCCCACCACCCCUGCCCUCCGCAGCACUCCCCUACCCACUCCCCUACAGCCCGUCCCCCUCCAUGCCUGUGGGGCCCACAGCCCACGGCUCACUCCCACAGGUGCCCUUCCCUGCGGCCACCCCACCUCCGGCCUUCCCCCGUCACCCCUCAGCCCAGCCGGGGCCCAGGGUCGGCCCCAGCUACUCCUGGUCUCCAGGGUACCCUGUGGUGGGGGGCCGGCCAAGCACUCCUGGCUAUCCUCAGCAGGCAUCCUACCCCUCGCCCGGAGGGAGGCCUCCCUACCCCACGCAGCCCCAGCUCCCCGGCUUCCCUGGCCAGCUCCAGCCCACAGGCCCCCCUCGGCCGCCCUACCCCCUGGGCCCCGCCCCUCCCUAUGGCUUCCCCCCUCCUCAGGGCCCUGCCUGGCCUGGGUACUAGCUGCCACCCUGGCCCUUGGUACCCCUCUCCCCUGUGCCACCAGCCCUGUCCUGAGAUUGAGGCUCCUGGGGGUGGGGGGUGGCGAUGGGCAGAGGUGGUGCUCCCUGUGGACUUGGAACACAGAGGCCCCAGGAAGACUGUGUCAUGGAACUCUCUGCCCUCCCCAGGGUGGAAGGGAGCGCCUCCUCCUGGCGGUGGGCUUGAAUUCCGUUGGUGGGAGGCAGCCUGGGCUCCAGGCUUCCUCAGGGUGCACACCUGUGCAUGUGUGUGGGCAUGUUUACAUGCAUGUGUGGGGAGCCUGCUGCGUCUGUGCUCCUGGACACGGACCUAGACGCAAAGGCCUCUUGAUGACAGAUGGCUUGGCAUCUGGCCCACACCUCCCCAGAGGUGGCCUGACAUGGUGUCUACACUGGGAGCCACAGCCGCCACAUCCCCGUGGUCACUCAGGAUGGCCGGCCCCACACACGUGGCUAGGCUGGCUCAGGAGAGAAGAGACUUAGGAAUCCCACCCUGUGAUAGCCUUUAUGGAUGAGUAGAGGGCUCGAACCUGGGCCUCACUUGCUCAGAGCCUGCAUUCUGACUCCCACCCCCUGUGACUGGAAGCCCACAAAGCCAUAACUGAACUCUGACAAAUAUCAGCAAAACGGACCCCCAGGGGGAUGGGCUGACGAACAGCAUGAUGGUGGGGCCACGAGGGGGACCCCAGGACUGGCUGGCGCUGUCCAGAGAAUCGGGGGUCCCCUGGGGCCCACUGGCCAGAGAGUGAAGUGGAAUCUGGGCUCCUCUGAUAGAGGGCCAGGCUGCCUCCCCAUACUCUCUCUCCUCUUCGGCUCCUGCUUCCGGCGGGAUGGUUUGGAGAUACAGCACAUCCGUCCACCCCUCUAGUGCCUUGAAUCUCCCUUGCAGUAGCCACCCCCCCCCCCCCCCCCCCCGUGACACCCUUCCCCGCCCCCACAUCCCUCCUGCUGGGGACAUCAGCAGGUGGCCUGAUGCUGACUUCCCAAAUGGUGCUUUUCGGAACACCAUUACCAGGCAGGAGCCCACGUCUUAUGAAUAUACAGGACGAUCGGGGCUUCCUCCACCCCCGGAAGUGACGACACUAGACCAAAGGGGUGCAGUGAUCACAUUCACUCGUGGCUUUCACUGGGUGGGAAGUCGUCUGUGCCUUGAAACGUCCACCACCUGGGUCCUCAGCCUCAGUGGGAGCAGGGGCGGGGCAGUGAGGGCCUGGAGCUCCUGGUGCUGCCUGCCCCUCAGCCUGCACCCCUGCCCCCCUCGCCCCCCUCCCCCCAGUCGUGUAUGGAGACGUCACAAGCUGCUGGUUGUGAGUCCCAUUCGGGGGCGUCUGAGUGCUGUGCGUGUGUGGAGUUAGUUGCCAUAAUAAACGUUGAAGACUU